UCCAAUCGAAUUUUCUUUCCUGUCUGUUUUUUUGUGAGAUAGAAUGAUUAAUCGUCUUUCGUAAUCGUGGUUUGGGGUUUGGUUGGAAAUUAUAAUAAAAUCGUAAAAAAUGCCUGUUGCAAUUAAGAAGUAAAGUUCUAUGGCUUGUGAUGUUUCAUGAUGGGUACAUUUUUUCAUAGUUCGUAAAAAUAAAACACCGAGUAAAAUGUAAUCUUAUUUUCGCCAACUCCACGUCGAGACAUGGGUUCCAGAGUAAGAGACACUGUCCGUUUUCUGUUUGAAUUGUUUUGUGAAGUGUCACCUGGAGAUCAUGUCAGGGAACCUUACAUCAUCAGAAAAUAUCCCGAGUCAUACAAGAAUGAAGAAGAGCUGAAAAAUAUACCCAAAUUUACAUUCCCUUGUCAGUUUGAAGAAUUAUAUGUACAGCUUUAUUCAUUUGUGUUGACAACUGAGGAUUCCAAGUAUACAUUUUGUUUUUGCCGGUAUGACCCGAAGGCGAAAUCAGCACUAGUUUUAUUAUCACACCUACCAUGGCACGAUAUAUUUUACAAAUUAUUAAAUUGUAUAGCAAAUCUUCUAAACAGUCCAGAGCGAGGCGAGCUGACCUAUUUCCUGGAAUCAUGCAGGUCACGACCGCCCAUGCCUGGGCACACGCUCAAAGUUACCUACAACGCGGGCCAUAGCGUGUUCACUUGCCAAUGUCCAGAUGUGAAACUACCGAGCAUUCCUGAUAAUUACAACCUAACGGAAUACUUCAGCGCACUGGACAUAAAGAUUAUGAUUGGGUUAUGGGCCGCUCUAUUGAACGAAAGGCGGGUAGCGGUGGUCGCGUCGAAACCUUCUCGUCUCUCCGCUUGUGUGCAGGCAGCGAACGCUACUCUCUUCCCGAUGACGUGGCAACAUAUAUUUAUACCGAUACUACCGAAACAUCUCGUCGAUUACUUGCUAGCACCAAUGCCCUUUCUUAUUGGAGUUCCUAAGAGUGUUAUGGAGACUGUAAGGAUGUCUGAAAUCGGAGACGUCGUUAUAGUGGAUGUAGAUACGAACGAGCUUAGAACACCCCAUAAUGACUUAGAAGCUCUGCCGCCGGAGUUGGUGAAUAGUCUGAAGAAAGCUUUAAGUGAUAAGAAUGUUCUGGGGGACGCUGUGUCUCGCGCGUUCCUGCGAGCCCUAGUCUGUUUAAUAGGUGGAUAUCGAGAUGCUAUAAAAAUUGAAAAUGGCCAACUGAUUACGUUUAACCCUGACGCUUUCGUGAGAACAAGGAAAAAUAUGCAAGAGUUUCUCAAAAAGAUACAGCAGUCCCAGAUAUUUCAACAGUUUAUCGAAGAAAGAUUAGCGCUACUCAACUCUGGGCGGGGCUUUAACGACGAAUUCGAAAUCGAGUGUAACAAUUACGCCGACAAGCUGAACACCGGCAGUGGGCAGCGGCUGAAACAGCAGUAUAAGGACUGGGCGAAGAAUGUCAAGAAGGAGGGCGGGGCCUUCUUCAAGACUGUCAAAGAUAAGGCUAACCCCGCAGUACAAUCGGCUGUCAAAACGGUUCGCCAAGGCGGCAAGAAUAUGAAAUCAGCAGUGAAAGGGCUGAAGAAUAAAAUACCCAGGACGGGAUCUCGGCCAUCUUCUAUCAAUACCACGGAUGAUAGUAGGUUUUCAUGCGGCUCCGCCACGCCCGUCUCAUCGGACUCAUCCGACUCGACGCCGUCUCGAGACCCUCCUCCGCCCCCUCAGGCCCUACCCCUGGAUCUUCUCAACGAAAUGGAGUUUCUGUUCACGAAGAAAAACGUCCAACGGCGGGACAGUUACCCCAACAGUUCGAACAACUCCGAAGUCAGCCUCGCGGAUAAAGCGAAAACACUGUCACCAAGUGUCCCACCUCGGUUACCAGAACGCCCUCAACUCCCACUCCGUUACCCAAUCAUUUCCACGAGGAAGUUAGUAGAUAUAUCAGACGCGCCUGUCCCGCCGCCUCGGACCACAAUUCCGCCAAACCACUCGAAUUUCGUCAGUAAUAUAACUAAAAACGAUGUGAAACAAGAGACGGACUUUCACACGAGCACGAUAAGAUUCACAGAGGGGAAAGAUAAAGCGAAAUUAAAGUUGACGCUGUCGUCCAAUCAGAGGAAAGUGUCGCAAACUAGCGCGCCGUGUAACGGCAACGCGCUGAAACCAGUGGCGCCCUCUGUUGGCGUGCGGCCGUCCGCAGAAUCUCGCGUGGCGAGGCCCCAGGCCCGACCCCUACUCGCCACGCCUCUGGGGAAACCUCAAGAGUCGUGUGGCUCUGUAAGUGAUCUCAUAAAACUGGACGAUUCGCCAACAACACUGGAAGAUUUCGAUCCUCUCAAGUGUCGUGAUAAGAAAACGGAGCCUGUAAAAUCGACAGAUAGCGCGUUGUUGCACGAGUACGGACUAGAUUUCAGUCAGUUUGGCCUGUUCUCCGAAUACUCGGCGGGCUCCAGUGGGCAAGCGAGUAGUAAUGUGCCCAAAGGAUGGACCACUUUUAACUAGUCGGUCACUAGCUCUCUUAGGCUAUGUCCGCACGGCGAUAAUUCACCACAAUUGUUUUACUCGCACGUAAAUGUAACCCUUGAAUAAUUAUAACAAAUUGCAGAGGUCUGUUAUAAUCUAGUAGUGCAUCGAUAUGGUGUCGAUAGAGUCUCAGUGGAAUAGGUUUUGGCAUUUUGUGUCUGGUUACAAUGACCAAAUGGUAUAAAUUAUUCCACUUAGACUAUCAACCCUAUUGGCACAUUUUUAUUUAACAGAUGGCACAUAAAAAAUACCCGAUCGUACAAGCCGACAGGAUCAAUUUAGGCGCGGAAAAUAAUUUGUGGCGAGUUAUGACGUUGCGCACAGGCUUGUAGUGUGUCACCAAAUUGGUUCAAUUUUCGUAUCUGAUAUUUGAUGGCUUGAAGCCUUGCAUUAAAGGCAACUAGGCAAUUAUUAUGACAGAAACUCCUGUCAGCUUUAAAUAUUUUUAUAUUCUUAGUAACCAAAUAUUCGGUAACGAACUUUGAACUGAUGUGUUGACAUAUUUAUGCGCAUACGCGGCAUCGAUAGACAGAAUCGAAGUUUAAAAAAAUGAUCCUGAGUGAAUUAUUGUACAUCGUUACCACGUAUUGCCCGAACUACUCAUUGUAAUAUAUUAUGUGUAUAUUUAGUGCAUUACUCAUUUAGCUUUUGUAUAAUUGUUUCGUCUUUAGAUAUAGUUUUAUUUAUUUGUAUACGAUCGAGGCAACCCUAGUUAUAGUUUGUUCUAAUAUUGUAAAUAGUGUUACAUAUCAAUGUAUUAUAAUCCUUUAAAAUCAAAUUAUGUAUAUGAGAUUUAGUUUUGUUUAAAUAAAAAUAAUGGUUUUUAUGACUUCUGAAAAAGUAUGUUUUUUUUUCUCAAUGUUGCUUUUUGUUGUAAUUAAUUUUUAAUUUCAUGAAAUUUUCAAGAAAUAUUAAAUUUUUGUAACGUAACAAAUUAUAUAUUUUACACAAAUGUGAUGUUUUAUAAAUAUUAUCAUAGGCGUAAAUUCUUUUUCAGAUAUUGAAUAAAGCUCAAAUAUUUUCUCAUGUAUUUUAGUAUUUAUCUGAAUGUUUAAGUAACGGUAAAAAAGUACAACUACCUAGCUAAGACAAUGAAGUAUUUUUCUAGAUCAACUCGUAAUUGUUGCUUUUUUAAUAUAUAAAAUAGACAAUAUAUAUUUCCAACUUUUUAUACAUAAAUAUUUACAUUAAGAAGUGUUUCAAAUUACAGCCAUGUAAAUAAAUAGUUUUAUUUGAGGUCCACAUUUAUGCACGUUAGUAAAAAUUAAAUAGUGAAGGUAGGAGCAGCUUCUCGGAGAUGACACAUGACUGCGAAAUUUUAUUCCUUUAAAAAACGGCUAAAACGUGCUCUCUAAAUGUUAUAGAAAGAGGAAUAAAUCUGUUAUAUAAAGCUAUUGAAAAUUUAAGUACCCAAUACAAUUUCGGGUUUAAACAUGUUCAAAGUUAUGGCUACAUAGUUGUUUGAAGUUAACAUUCUUUAUUUUACUAUUGCCUUCAAUUAAAUUAUUUCAGUAUCGAUUUAUUAGAAAAGCACUCUCUAGAUAUUCACUAGAUAUUCAUCACCAGAACAAAACCGAGUAACUGUAAUUAGUAUACGCAUUAAAAUUAAAUUCUUUGUAAUUGAUGUAUUUGGUAUGAAAGUUCCGAAACAAAACCAGUUUUCAAAUCACACAAACCGUACAAACCGUACAAACUUCAUACAAUAGAUUUUUAGUUAUUCAUCACGCUUCUAUUUGACGUUAAAGCUUCGCAUUCCAUCAAUAAUUCUCAUUUUAUUUUGUUUUUGGGAAUUUAAUGAAUUCGUGUAGGUUACACAGUUCUGUUUAAAAAAAAGUGGUUAAUGUUCAUAUUAAACGGUAACGUCGGAGUGUUAGGCAAAUAUGUUCAGCUACAGUUUUAUAUUUUAUCACUAGAUCAUUACGUACAUCUCAUUAAAGAACGCUGACUCCUAACAGCGUUAUUCAAACUGAAAUUAACACCAUCUAACCUCACAACAUCAUAAAAGAAAUAGCAUUAAAUAACUUAUUGUUCUGUUAUUCAAUAGAUAGGAAUUGUUGCUUUAUGUAGUAAAAUUUUGUUUUUUUUUUUCGGUAAUUUUAUUACUUGGUGCUGAAAAGGCCUAACUACGCCUUCACAACAAAGCGUUACAAACAUUUUCUUAGAAUCCAAUUAAAUAGUUUUCAUGUUUUAUAUUACUUUAAUAUAUACUUUUGUAUUCUUUUUGAAAUACAUAUAAUAAUAUAUUGAAAUCCGAUCUUAUUAUUUUCUUUGGCCCAUUGUGUGACAACAUUGUACGAUUAGCGACAAUAGUUCGGAAUAAUUUUCUGGGAUAAUAAACGAGUUUCAAUAAGGUAUAGGUUUUAUCGAAGAUUUGCUUUGAAUCUAUAAUAGAACCGAAGAGGGAGAUAGAGCUUCUAUCUAUCUUCUAUACCUUAUCAAAGUUCGUGAAUAGCACCAUAAACACUUAUGAAUACGUUAAAAAAAGAUGUUUAACAUGCACUGCAUCAUCGCAUGCGCAAAUUAAUGACCGUUCUUUCGCGGCACAUAAGUUGACCUGUGCUCAGUACACGUACAGAGAUGUCAAUAGAGUUAAGUGUGGGUCAUCUGGCUGAUGAUUGGUUCAACUUAUGCGCCGGGUAUUGUACGAGUACUGUCGUGCGCAAAAGUGCAACACAGGUUGCGCGUUUUCAUCAAUAAACGCGUUAAAUAAAUCGAAUUACAUGCUGUAAUGUUUUUGCUAAAGUCUGUUUUAUGUGUCAGUUUAGAUCUUUUUAUAAAUAAUCAAGCUUGGUAUUAUUGUGUUUGACGAUUAUAUAACGAGCACCUAUAAAUUUAUAUCACACAUUGAAAUUAAAGAUACCAAUGAUUAAAUUCUUGUUAAACAUGCACUGUUAAUUCUAGUCUUCUGUGUAAAACGUCUUCCAACACGGAUUUGAGUACUCUAAAGACACCUUGUAUUACUCAUGUGAUAAGAAUAAAUGCCAAACAAUUUGAAAUAUCUUGUGUGUAUUAAAUUAUUUUUUUAAAAUUGUUUUUGACUAAUAAAUUUGGGUCUUGCUUAAAAUAAAGAAAAAAACUUUAUUUUGGGUAUUAAUGUAUAAUGAAAUCGUUACUUUGAAAAAUAAAUUUAAAUAGGUACAUUAUAACCUGUAAUAAAUAAAUAGUAAGGUCUUCAUAGCAGGAUAACAUGAAAUAUUUCCAUAGAUUUUUUACUUCAUUCCUGUCAAUUAAGUUUUAUUUGAUAAAUUCUGAAGAAUUUGAUUUUGUAAAGUAAAAGUGCAAUACCGUUUAUUAUUUGUUUUAUUUCAAAAAAUCACGAGAAUCAGGUAAUUAUGUAUCUUUAUAAUAUAUUUUCCCAAAACUAUCCCCCGAACUUUCAGGGAAAAACAAUUCUUAAAAUCUAUUUUAAAAUAAAAUAACUAAAGUUUAUUAAUAUUUUAAAUUGUAGCAUAUUGUUGAAAUGACAGAUAUUUAUUGUUUCUUUAGUAUUUCGGGUUAAUUUAUGGGAUUAUGUAUUGUGAGCGUGUCCGAUGGCAAUUUAUGUCUUUAAGUAAUAUAUAUAUAUAUAUGAGCAAACCACUAAAUUAAGCUAUUACACUUUUCGAUUGAGCACACUUUAAACCGACCGAAAUAUUUUAUUUGAGCUCAAGUUUAAGCAAAUUAGUUUUUCGGCUUUUCUAUCAAAAAUUAAUUGCCCCAGUUAAUACUUUUAUUCGCAUAAAGAAAACUGGAAAAAUUGCAUCUUUUGCAUUUAAAAUGAAAACGUAAUGAUAAAAAUGGAGCAACGCUGCGAAACUCAAUAUCCGCUUCGUGUAAUCGGCUGGAAAGUUUUUAAUAUCCACUCAGGGACACGUUCCAUCGUUAUACGUCAUAUACUUUUACGUGCACAAACUCAGUGUAUUCGGUCAAAAAAUAAAGACUUUUUUUUAUUUUAUAUUAAUUGUUUAAUGUCAUCAGUUACCAAUUUAGAGCGAUCCGUUUUCGUACGAAGUGAUCGUCAUCAGCAAUGAAGUACCUAAUUAUAAUGAGACUAAAAUAAAUUUGUUUUUAUUUAAUUUGAAAAAAUGUAGUAGGUACAUGAGUAACAGUCAACCGAACGUCUCCAUUUCACAUAAUAAACGAAUGUCAAAAUUUUUUUUAGUUUUGCACUAUACUGUUCUAAAUUAGAAAAUGUUAUAUCUGUUUUAGUCUUCGUGAUCGAAUUAAACGUGUUCUUGUUGAAGGACUAUUUUGUUUGAAUAACAAAGUGCUAUAAGCACGUUUGAUUAAGAUAAGCAUUUUAUCGCAACACUGAUACCAGUUUCUAUUUGAAACAGCCAUGGAAUAAUUAAUUACAUAUUAAAGUUUACUAUUAAUUAACAUAUAAUCUCAGAAAAAAAUUCGUUGUUGACGCAAUAUGCUCCAAUUUUCGGUGCAAUUAUUUUUAUUGAGUAUGUAUGUACGUUUAAUUUAGUAUCUAAUUAUAUUUUUUGAGUAAGUAUACUUAGUUGUUGUAUCUUUGUAUAUAAUGAUAAUAAUAGUUAAGUAAUUUCGUGUCGCUGUGAAAAUAACAAUAUUAAUUCUAUGUAUGUAUAUUAUAUAAUGUUUAAUAUUGAUAGCACAAAUAUUUGUGUUGCCUAUGGUAGUAUAAAGUUUGCGCAACCGAGUGAGUAUCAUGAGUAGCUUUUUAUAAUUGUACAAUUUAACAUGAUGAUUUAGUAAUGUUAGAGGGGGCUUAGAGAUUUGUGGCUUCCUACAUGAAGUUCUUUGUAUGGGACCCAAUGACGCGAUAAUAGAGGCGAAUUUUCAGUGAAUUUCGGUAGGUUAUUCUGCUGUUGACUAUGUAAAACCGAACCCAUUGUAUUGCGAAGAGUGGCCACAUACUUAUUAGAGUGUGUCACAGUCACAGUAGAAUAACUAUGUGACAGAAGGAGACGACGGGGUCUUCGUACGCACGCAGUUACGCACUCCAAAGCCCCUGAUUACGGAUCCCUUUCCUGUAGGUUUUAUUUUUAUUGUUAACUUGCAUUGUAAUUUUUCGCAGGGCAGGCGAAUAUCCAAUUGAUUGUAUAUUUGCCUGAUUGCAUGAUAACUCGAACUUUGUAAUUUUAUGUAAUUAAGGAAAUUACAGGGCCGAGAAUAUCUCUUGGUCUGUUUGAAAUUCACGUCAUUGCGACGCAAAAGAAUCGAAUAUUGCGAAUAUUUGAUAAAUUUCGAACACUAAUUUUUCGCAAUAGAUUGUAUGUACCUGAGAAGAAUUAAGAAAUGCAUUAUGAAAUA